ACGACCUCCCGUUGUUUGUUUUCGUACCCAACCCGGCCACAGGCUCGAGGUGCGGCGCGCCGUGCAGAGCGACGAGUACGCCGACGUGCAGCGCUUCUACAUGCGCACCUUCGACUCGUACGUGGAGCUCUGCGCGCUGUUCAAGGAGAACCCGCACCAGGACGGCGCCAGGCUCGUGGACCCGGACCUCAAGAUGGACUUCCUGUACGCCGUGUACGACGCGCUGCGGGAGCUGCCCAACAGCAUCCACAAGUCGGUCCUCAAGUCCAUGAUCAACGCCAUCUGCCAGGAGAACCUGGUGCUGCGGCGCAAGGACGAGGUGCGCGCCAUGUACAUCCUGGUGCAGUGCCCGAUGUUCGGACACCAGUCCUCGUGCCUCAUCUUCGCCCAGCUGCUGCGCCGCAUCGUGCACCUGCCCGCCAGCGACCACCAGAUGCUCGUGCACUGGCUCAAGAUCCUGGAGGUGCCGCGUCUGCGGAGCAUGGUGCGGAACCUCAUGCACUUCCUGUCGCUGCGCCAGUUCCCCACGGCGGACCCGACGCACGCGCUUCCGGAGCCCAACAAGAUCAAGUGGUGGAUCCCGACGGCCGCCAGGAUGCUGGCGUUCAUCAACGCCGCCAACAACAGCUGCCGCCCGCCGCUGCUGCACUUCUCGGAGCUGUACCACGAGGCCCUGGACCACAUCGACCUGGCGGCCGACUACUUCCGGUGGCAGGACCCGUCGCCGUGCUCGAGCCACUUCUCGUACUGCCAGUACCCCUUCAUCCUGAGCAUCAACGCCAAGCGCCUGAUCCUGACCAAGGACUCGGAGCAGCAGCAGAUGAUCAACGCGAGGCGGAGCCUGGAGACCAAGGCCUCCAGGCAGGUGUCACAGGUAGACAUUUUCUUCCUCAACAUGACCGUGCGCCGCAGCCACCUGGUGGAGGACUCGCUCAAGGAGAUACAGCGGGCCUCGGAGCGCAAGGAGCUCAAGAAGAAGCUGCGGAUGACCUUCGCGGGUGAGCCCGGACUCGACAUGGGGGGGCUCACCAAGGAGUGGUUCCAACUGCUGGUACGCGAGAUCUUCGACCCCGACAAGGGCAUGUUCGUGUACCACCCGCACUCGCGCUGCUACUGGUUCAGGAUACCCAGCAGCGCGCGCACAUGGGAUACGGCGGAGUCCGCGUCGCGCGCAGUCACGGCGCCGUCCUCGCCGGUGGCGGGCGCCGCGGUGGAGGCGGAGCUGGUGCAGGACGACGACGACGCGGUGGUGGCGCGGCUGGUGGCCGCCUCCGAGGAGGAGGAGAGCCUGCAGCAGUACAACCUGAUCGGCGUGCUCAUGGGCCUGGCCGUGUACAACGCCAACAUCCUGGACCUGCGCUUCCCGUCGGUCUGCUACCAGAAGCUGCUCUCACCCCCCGUGGUCCCGCACGCCGACCUGCACCUCGGAGUCGUGCGCAACCCCAGCCUCGACGACCUGGCGCAGAUCAUGCCGGACGUGGCGCACGGGCUGCGCGAGCUCCUCGCCUACCAAGGUGACGUGGAGCAGGACAUGUGCCUCACCUUCCAGGCCUCCAUCGAGGAGUUUGGCGCCGUCAAGACCUUCCCGCUCAAGCAAGGCGGCGAGGACAUCGCCGUGACGAACCAGAACCGCAAGGAGUACGUCCGGCUGUACCUAGACUGGAUGCUCAACACCGCCAUCUACAACGAGUUCCGCUCCUUCUACCUCGGCUUCCACUCGGUGUGCGCCUCCAACGCGCUCAUCAUGCUGCGGCCCGAGGAGGUGGAGAUGCUGGUCUGCGGCUGUCCCCGGUUCGUCCUGCACGACCUCCGGAAGGUCACGGAGUACGACGGCUACCAGUCCGAGUCCGCGGCCGUCCAGUGAGUCCCGCCU